AUGCCCCAUGACUUAUCCCUCCACUGGGCUUUUAUGGGGCACACUUUUCUCUCCCUUUUUUUUCACCCACUUCCCCUUUGCAUUGUGCCCCAUGAAAAACCAGAACCAAGGGUGUUCAUGGGGCACGGUACUUAUUUUGGUAUGUCGUCCCAGCACACGCUAGAUAAGUGCAUCACCCCUCCCCGACAUCACCUGAGCUUUGACACUGGAGCAGUCUUGUGUGCAUCUGCAAGCACUACCUACAGUCGACUGAGCGGUGAAGACAACACAAAUCGAAAACAGCAAGGUCACCGAGAGCGAGGCAAAUUCAAUCAAUUUCUAUCUCCAGAACAACAGGCUGAACCUUUUCAAACUGACCCAUUGCAGAUUGCUGAUGAGCAAGUCUGGCUGGACCUCGAAGAGGCUGUAUGGUCUGAUGAGCACCUUGAUAGUCUGAUGACAAGUUGCCUCGAAGAUUUCCCAGAUGAUGAUGUGUCCAAACUAGCAGAUUAUGCAGCUGGCAUUGCACGAAGCAGCAUCAUAGAUCGGACACGAGAUGGACAUGCCAGGAUCAUCAAGGCUUAUAUCGUGUUCCAUAAGCAGCGCAAUGCCGAAUGGGGCCCAACCACCAUCACACGCCAAACACCUUAUGACAUCCGUGCCUUCAUUACCCACAAAUGUGGCGAGAAAGACAAGGGAUACGAGGGCAAGAAGUUCUCCACUGCUGUCUCCACUCGCGCAGCACUGAGUUACUGGUACUGGCACUGUCGGCCAAAUGAAAGUGUCACUGAGUGGCGCUGUGACGAAAAAACCAGUGUCUGCACUCACACACCGGAGGAGAGAAGGUGGGGGGUUGUUCGCUAUACAGCCUACCUUUUUGCAUGGUUGAUGCUGCUUCGGAUCGAGGAGGUAGUGACUCUUGAAUUCACAAGUGUUGAGGUCAUCCCAGGUGAACGAGCAUACAUAGAGGUUCGGCUGAAGACUCGCAAGUCAGCACAGACUGGUGUGCUGCACACUUGGCAUCUGUGGGUGAAUGAUGCUGAUGCGAGGCUCUGCCCUGUGCGAGCCCUUAUCCGCCUUGCAAGCCUAUAUGGACCUCACAAGCUGUUGAAGGGUUCCCUCUUCCUGCGUAUCGGGAAGUUGGGAGAUGUCUUGCAUGAUCAGCCUGUGUCCACCAGCAUUCUCAGCCAUGCCCUGACGAGCGACCUUCAGGGCCUCGCAUACUCAUCCUGGGCACUGUAUGGUACACACUCGUUCCGACGAGGUGGCUGUCAGCACCGCAUACGCAACUGUGGCUUUGAUGUGAGCAUGGUUGCUGCUUGGGGUGGCUGGUCGCAGGUCGAGGCAUUGACCAUGUUUCGGUACUUCUACUCCCCCAAUGACAACCAUGAGCACAUGGUGGAAUAUGACCGAAAUGAUAAAAAGAGGGUCAAGUUUUAA